CAUAUGUGCUUACCAUUUGACAAUAAAAAACCAAAUACUUUUUAAGGAAAGAGAUCAGUUUUUCAAUUGUAAUUGAUUGCUUUUAUAUAAUUGGCUUUAUUAUUUGCCAGAUAAGUGGCCUUAUUCUAAUUAGGAGAAUUGUUUGAAAUUUUCUUUAUAAUCUUAUUGUGGUCAGCUUGGUCUUCUUUAGGAAGUUGUUAAUGCCUCAUCUACAUUGCUAUAACUUUGUAUUACGUAUGCAUCAUAAUUACUCAAGAUUUUAUUAAAAGGGCUAUAUUUUGCUACUCGUUUUUAGAAUGAAUUGCCCAUAUUGGGGGAAACUGGAAGAGAAAAGAUUUUAUCAAUUUUGCAUUUGACAACGUUGUUUUUCUAUAUGGUUGCUCAAUAUGUAGUCUUUCUAGCCUAUAGAGAAUUCAUGGCUUUGGAAAUUGAGAAGGACUACACAGUCGAAGAACCCGAAAGUAUGGAUUAAUAUACAUAAAGGUAGGCCACUACAAUAAAAUGAAAGAAACCAAUAGACCCCUGCGAUUAAAAACUCUGCCUUUACAGGAAAAGGAAUAACAAUUGGUUGA